AGAGAGAGAAAAAAAAAGCGUCAUUCAUUUUUGUUUCAGAAUCUGUUUUUUUAAAGGUUUCAUCAAAGAUCAUCAAAUGGAAGAACGACUUGUCCAAGCGAAGAUUCCCAGAGCCCUUGUGAACUCUCUUGGUGUUGAGUCUCAAACAGACUCAAAAGCAGAAGCUUUCACUCAAGCUUUUCUGAAGAGCUGCACUCAGGACCGUACGCUCCAGGAUGCAGACAGCUUGAGACACAAGGCGAUAAUAUUGGGCUAUUCCAGGCCCAAGAAGGAGAAGGCCAGCAGGAAGGAGAGGAAAGCCCAAAGACUCAGUGCUCGGCAGAAAAGGGCAAUGAAGAUCUUCCAAAUAAAACCAGAACACCAGAGAUAUGACCUGUUCCUGCCUCUGCAUGAACUUUGGAAAAGCUACAUCACUGAUUUAUGUGGUGGAUUGAAGCCUUCAAGCAGCCCACAUGUUAUUCAGCAGAAGCUUUUGAAGGCGGACUUCCACGGUGCCAUCAUCACAGUGGUGCGGUCCAAAUGUCCUUCAUAUGUGGGGGCAACAGGAAUACUAGUGCAAGAGCUUAAACAUGUCUUUAAACUCAUCACCAAAGAGGACAAAGUGAAGGUAAUCCCCAAGCGGAACAGUGUCUUUUCAAUGGAAUUCAGCGGCUUUGUGUCCCAUAUCUACGGCAGCCAGUUUGAGAAGCGGGCUGGUGAACGCUCGGCAAAGAAGUUUAAAGUUAGAAGAACCAUUGACUUGUAAUUGUUGGUGGGACCUUCAAAUCUCUGGUCCUUAUGGUCCAUGAGGAC